ACAAGUGAAUUGAAGUGAAACUUGUUCCUGAAAUUAACUAUUCGCGGUUCAUCUCGAAUGAAGUCACUCAGCCCCUCAAGAUAGACCAGGCAGGCGUUCGUAGUAGUUCUCCAGCAGUUGUUUUAGGGGCUUCACACUUGGCGUGCUCUAUGGACGGAACUGUGGACGGAGUUGUAGUGGAGGAGGAGGAGGGAUCCACGCGUGGGUGCUUUCAGACAGACGCUUCCCUCUGCGAAGAGGACGAGAGCCAGAGAGCUAAUGAACAACAUCCUGACGACGAGCGUUCCCUGCCUCUUAGGGAUUUUUAUCCCUAUAUUCGCUGUGCCCUCUGCAAUGGGUUUUUCAUUGAUGCCACCACCAUCACAGAGUGUCUUCACACUUUUUGUAAGAGCUGUAUUGUCAAGCACUUUUUCUACAGCAACAGGUGUCCUAACUGCUCUAUUGUCGUACACCAGACACAGCCACUGUACAGUAUCAGACCUGACCGACAAUUACAAGACAUUGUUUUUAAGAUGGUUCCAUAUUUGGAAGGAGAUGAAAGGUCGCGUAUAUGUGAAUUUUAUAAACGAAGAGGGCUUGACAUUCCUAAGCCAGUGGCAGCUCCAUCUACUUACCCAAUGAAGCUGCAUCAUAGACAGAAGAAAGACAUGCUGCCUCAGUCUGUUUUUACUAUUCCCUCAGAGCUAGAUGUGUCUCUGAUGUUGGAGUUUGUGGGAGCUGAAGAGGGUGUUGAGAACUAUAAGCCCCUUGAGAGGAAGUACGUGCGUGUGUCAGGGGAAGCCACUGUCCGUCAUGUGGAGCUUUUUAUCAGGAGGAAGAUGGAGCUGAGUCAAAACUGCAAGGUUGAUGUUGUGUGUGGAGAUCAUCUUCUUAAGCAAUACCAGUCUUUGAGAGACGUUUGUAACACCAUGGGACAAAAUGCAUUGCAGGAUGGCAUGCUGGUUCUGCACUUCGGACUCGUUCUUCCUGCUUAGUAAAGAGGGAAGAUACAGAAAGACCAACUACUGUGAAAACUACAAUGCACAGUAGUUUUAUUUCAAGGGCUAAACUGAAUUUUAACAUACAACAGUUAUCUUAUGCAAUGAUUCUUUUCAAUGGGUCUUCCUGGAUGCCUUUUGCUCAAAAAGAUUAAGAAUAUGCCAGCAUUCUCUCUGCCAAAUGCAUUAAGAAACAUAAGCACUGAUGAGUUAUUUCCAGCAAAUACUUAUUUCCACAGCUGUAAUGUUUCUGUAGAUGCUCUUUUAUAUGUUUGCUAGGGGAAAACAAAGAAUUUUUUGACACCUUGUCUCAGAGAAUGUCAUGAAUUGACAUGAAUUUAAUUGCUUGGUUUUUGCAUGUCAUUUUGUGGUUAAAUGUGUUGUGCAUUAAAGUAAAUUGGUACUAAAGUACCUGGACAAUA